UUUCACCUCCGUCAGAUACGUCCGAAUAGCACACGACCAGUAACCGUCCCUUGAAAUACUACGCACAAGGUGUGUUGGCACACGAUAACGUCCGAGUUUACGAUUCCGUUACAUUAUUAUAUUAUUAUCUUCAGCUUUUUACCUCAUAUCGUUCGAUCAUAUCAUUUUAUAUUGUAAUAUUGUAUUCGAGUGUAGUGUGAUCCGCAUCACUGUUAUGGUGUUUACGCGACACAGACCACGUUCCAGAGGACCAACAAUUACAGCAGUUGACAAGAAAAAUGAACAUUACCCAAACGGCGCUUGAACACACUGAAAUACCCAUCGAGGCGGAUUGGGCUCUAGCRGAAACUCCGAACAGCAUCAACGCUACUGGACUUCUAGCUGAAGACUUGGAGGAAUAUGGAGGUCUGACUGAAAUACAAACAUUGAUUUUAGCAUGCGUAGCCACUGUAAUACCCCUAUUCUUGGGGCUUUUGCUCGUUCUCGGAGUGAGAAUGGUGUGGAAAAAAUACAAAAAUCACAAUACCGACGGUGGCUAUGACAACGACGGACUGCGCCGCGAAGACAGUUGCGAUGCCGUCAAGAGUUCAAGCUUCAUGCAGAGCGCCGAAGAGCUGAAGACCAGCGAAUCGCAGUAUUCCGUCCUGAUGCCGGACGAUGCGGCGUCGGCAGCAGUGUGUUGCUACGCUGCGGCGAACGGUGCUUCCGCGCCGCUGCCACCGCUAUUGUACAAUAGUCCACCCAACAAUCGUUUUGGAGAUACGAACAAAACGAACCUGAACGGCAGCAUUAUCACGCUGACGAUGAAAAACAACCAUCUGAUCGUGGAGACCGAGGAAAGAGUGCCGUUGCAGGGCGUUUGCAUGGCAUCGGCGAGCGAAGUUGCGGCCGCGAAUUUUCCUGAACCAAGAUUGGCCUAA